GAGCAAGCUUAUCAGUUUGCUCCGGUACUCAAAACUCAAUCCCAUUCAGUCAAUAUUCAGCCGUGGUCAGUUCAAUUGAAUAAUUUCGUCCAUUCUUCCAUUUCGUAUCAUUAAAGUGACAAAAUGCGAUCCGUUCGGAGCUAUCUCAAAGCAGCGGUAUUAUUUUGGAUCGCCAGCAUCCAGUUGGGCUCGGCUCAUCGAAUACUAGGAUUGUUCCCUCAUCCGGGAUUGAGUCACUUUAAGGUGUUCCAACCGAUCAUGCGUGGAUUAGCGGAUGCUGGCCAUCAGGUGGUGGCGGUCAGCUAUUUCCCCAACCGUGAUGAGACACAUCCAAACUACACCGAAUACGCCUUCGAAGGGCAGAAUAUUUUGACGAAUUCAUUCAGCGUUGAGGCUUUCUCCCGGCGCACGUUUCUCGAUAACUUCGUAGAGUUUUACGAAUUGGCUCAAUGGGGGUUUGGGAGCUGCGCCGCAGCUCUCGAUUCACCUGUGAUCGAUCGGUUGCUGCAGUUGCACGCUAACGAUCCGUUCGAUUUGCUCGUGACGGAGUUUUUCGCAACUGAUUGCCUCCUAGGUCUGAGCCACCUGAUGCAGAUUCCGUUUGUGGGAGUCAGCAGCUGUGCAUUAAUGCCGUGGUACUAUGAGCGCGUAGGUCUCCCGGACAGUCCGGCGUAUAUUCCGUCCGAGUUCAGUACCUUCUCGGAGCGGAUGAGUUUCUGGGAGCGGUUCGAGAAUUGGAUCGUGACAAGAUCGGUGAAGCUGAUGUUCCGCGUUGUUCAGUGGAACGAUAAUCGACUUCUGGCGGCUAAGUUUGGUCCUGGCAUCCCAGAUGUGAACGAGAUUGCGCGAAACACAAGUCUGAUAUUGGUUAAUCAACAUUAUACGCUGAGUGGGGCGCGACCGCUGCUCCCGGCUGUGGUAGAAGUUGGCGGGGUUCACAUCAAGGCCCGAAAAGCAUUGCCUGGGGAUAUUAAGACGAUUCUGGAUAACUCACCCGAAGGUGUUGUAGUGAUUUCGUGGGGUUCAGUUCUGCGAGCGGCAUCAUUAUCCACAGCGAAGCGAGAUGCCAUACUGGAUGCCCUAAAACGCAUACCGUUGAAGGUUCUUUGGAAAUGGGAAGAUGAUAACACGGAAGGUUUUCCACCCAAUGUGAUCGUGAGAAAGUGGCUUCCACAACUGGAUGUGUUAUGUCAUCCAAAUGUUCGACUAUUUCUGGCCCAUGGGGGUAUGCUGGGUAUCACAGAGGCUGUUAGCUGCGGUGUUCCGAUCGUAAUCACACCUUUCUACGGUGACCAGUUUCUGAACGCAGCUGCUGUGGUUAAUCGUGGAAUGGGUGUAAUGAUGUAUUUUGAUCAACUAGAUGCCGAUUAUGUUUACGAAUGCAUAAAUAAGGGUUUACAACCGGAUGUUUCGCAAGCAGCAGCUGCCGUUUCGGAUGCUUUUCUUCACAGACCUCAGAGCCCUAUGGAUUUGGCGGUUUGGUCAAUUGAAAACGUCCUCCGGAAUGGACCUCGGAGAUUGGACAAGUCAUAUGGAAGCGAACUGAAUUUGUUUGUGUACAAUUCUUGGGAUGUUAUUUUGGUUUUUUGUACAAUUGUUCUUGCGAUUCUAACGAUUUUACGAGUUACAUUUGAAAUAUUGUACAAAGCAUUUGUUACUAGUGCAAUUCGUAGUGUGAAAGCUAAGCAGACGUAACAUAAAGUGAAACUUACGAGUUGUUGUGAGCUUAUUGUACACAUGACAAUAAAAUACACAAAAUAACCGUAA